AAACUGUACAAUUAUCAUCGAUUAUGUUACUAUAAUAAUAAUUGUAGUGUAGCUGUGUAGCGUAUUAGAUAACUUUUAAUUGGUGUAUGAUUUAAUUUGUAUUAUGUUAAUGUAAAUUAUAUUUUUACGAAUAGGUAUCUACAGGUUCGGUGAAAAUUAUAUGCAACUGUUUUUGUUCCUGUUUGCUGUGUAUAUAUAAAAAAAAAUUAAAGCCUCAAUAUCAUAAUUCUUCAGGUUUACUUAUUAAUGAUAAAAAUCUAAAAAUUCAAAACUAUUUAUCAAAAAUGUUUUCAGUAAAUAAACGUAUGCUGCGAAUGAAAUUUCAUUAUUUUCUGUAUAUGGGUGGUAUUGCUUCUAUCGUAGGAUUUUCACCGACCAUAGCUAAACAAAUGGGCUAUUCACCGAUGUUAGUUGGUUAUCUUUACACAUAUUUAUCUAUUUUAGCCUUUUUAGUCAAGCCUAUUAUUGGAUUAAUAGUUGAUAAAUUUCCCGUGAAAAGAAUUACGUUUCUAGUAUUUGUUUUGACGUGUGGCUUAGCCGCAUUUGUGUUAAACUUUAUUCAGAAACUACCAACGGAAACGGCUGCCAUUUUAAGUUGCAACACCACAACAGUAUUAGACGUUUGUUCAAACGUUGACGGUCAGUUGCCUAAAUGCGACGACAGUUUAAAAAAACUCAUAGCAAAUAAUUCUAUGUCAAUUACAUGUCAAUUGUAUUGUCAACCAGAUAAAUCAUUUUUGGAUGAGAUAUGUAAAUCUUGGAGUAUGGAUUAUUGUGUACCACAAUACAACAUGAAUACAAACAAUAAUUUUGCACAUUUCAAUGUAUCAUUGUUUAACAAUUUGAGAGAUCAGAUAGAAAACAAUUACGGGUUUGAAGUAAAAUUGGUGCAAUUCAAAGAAACUCAAGUAUUUUUUCCUACAUGUCUAAAACCAGUGAGCACUCGAUGUAAGAUAGACUGUUCGAAUGAUGUUAUAAUGGAAUUAGCUACCACUACAGUAUUUGAAGGAAGCAUUUUCGGCUUACAUCAGUUCUGGGAAUAUUUCAUUGUUAUGAGUUUAUUUUGGAUUAGUCAAGCAAUAACUUGGAGUCUUCAAGACCCAAUUUGCCUUGAUCUCUUAGGAACUAGACUUGAAGAUUACGGUAAACAAAGGUGUUGGGGAUCUAUUAGUUGGGGACUCUUCUCGAUAUUUGGUGGAGCACUUGUUGAUUAUUUUAGUGAUAGUGAUAUUCACAAGAACUACUUACCAAUUUACUAUCUGUGUCUUUUAAUCAUAUUGUGUGAUUUUAUGGUAGCUUAUAAAAUAAAAAUAACUGAGACAAUUGGAUCUAAAAAUACACUAUCAGACAUAUUCAAAUUAAUAACUAAUAUAAAUAUUGUAAUAUUCUUUAUAUGGAUCAUAUUGAUGGGUGUUUGUACAUCUAUGGUGUGGAAUUACCUUUUUUGGUAUAUGGAGGAUUUAACUCAGAAGUAUCACAGUGAAAAUCAAUUGUGGAUAAAAACAUUGCAGGGAUCAGCCAUUGGAAUUCAAUGUAUUGGUGGUGAAAUGCCAUUUUUAUUUUUUUCUGGUUGGAUUAUUAAACGAAUUGGUCAUACAAAUUGCAUGGCCUUAGGUCUUUUCACUUUUGCUAUUAGGUUUUACUUGUAUUCUAUUAUAACUAACCCUAUUUGGAUACUGCCAAUUGAAUUCACCAAUGGCAUAACAUUCGGAUUGUGUCACGCUGUAAUGAUGGAAUACGCAAAAAUCGUUGCUCCUGUAAGUGCUAUCACCACUGUGGUAGGAUUUUCUGGAGCCCUAUUUGAAGGUGUAGGUAUAUCUUUAGGUGGUUUGAUAGGUGGAUUUUUUUACGAAAAAUUUGGAGGAGAAUCAACAUUUAAGUUAUUUUCUUGCGGUUCCUUAUUGAUGGGUAUUCUUCAUGUAUUAUUUAUUGUGUUCAGUAAGAAAAAUAUAAAAGGAGAAGGUACCAUAAAUUGAAAUUAUAUUUGUAUAAGCUUAAACUACUAAAUUUAAUGUUUUUACCAAACACUUAUAAAUAACAAUGUUAAGUAAUUUAUAUAUAUUUAUAAAUACCUUAAAUAAUUUUUAAUGAUAUAUAAUUUAUAAG